AUGAGUUUUGUUAGAACCACAGAAUCACGAGUUGGUUAUAAUCCAGAAACUGGUGCAAGAAUAGUCGCUGGAUGUGUUGUAUUGAACCAGGAUCAUUCAAAAGUAUUAUUGAUUAGUUCUACUGGGCAAAAAAAGAGAUGGGUUCUUCCCAAAGGUGGUGUUGAAAUGGAUGAAGCUGAAUAUGUAGAUUCAGCAAUUAGAGAAACUUGGGAAGAAGCUGGAGUAACUGGUAAAAUAAUACGAUCUUUAGGUAUGAUUGAUGAUCUUAGACCACCAAAGGAAUGGAAUACAAAUAAAGAUGAAUUCUUAAAUCAAGAAAUAUUAAAACAUCCACCACGUUCUGAAUUUCAUUUUUUUGAAAUGGUUGUGGAGAAAGAAUAUGAUGAAUUUCCUGAAUCUAAUAAAAGAUCAAGAAAAUGGGUAAGUUAUCAUGAAGCUAUUGAAGAGUUGAUUAAUGCGAAAAGAUUGGAAUUGAAAGAAGCCGUUGAAAGAUCAAGUAUACUUAAAAAUUGA